UGCGUGAGUGAGAGAGUGUGUGUGUGUGUGUGGAGCUCACGGAGCUCGCGCUCUCUAACUUGUCGCUCCUCUCUGUGCAGCCAUGCAUUGGGGUUGAAGCCGCAGCGUAAAAGCUCCUCCACAAAUGAAGGCGAGGUGAGGAGCGGCGGGGAGCCAGGAGGAGGGAGGCGUUACCCGGCGGUAACACCGAGCCUGAACCGCCACGGCAACCAGCGACGUUUAGAGUAAAAAAAAAAAAAAAAUCAUAUUCAAAAUGUCGAACCGAAAACACCGGGACAACCAGGAGAUUUGCGCCCGUAAGGUUCGGGAGCUGGCCCAGUCUGGAGUAAACAAACACUGCUUCGAGUGCAGCCAGCCCGGGGUGACUUACACCGACAUCACGGUGGGAAGCUUCGUGUGCACGUCGUGCUCCGGAAUGCUGAGAGGCCUCAACCCUCCCCACAGAGUCAAGUCUAUCUCCAUGACAACCUUCUCCCAACAGGAAGUGGAAUUCCUGCAGAACCAUGGCAACGAGAUUGGGAGGAGGACGUGGCUGUGCGUGUUUGACCCAAAGACAGACAGCUGCUCCGACAUGAAGGACUCUCAGAAGUUCAAAGAGUUCCUGCAGGACAAAUAUGAGAAGAAGAAAUGGCAUUUUUCCAAAAGCAAAAACCGGCGGGAUGUGGAGGGUCCAUGGAGCCCAGGGGUCCAGGCCAUGCCGCCCUCCCUUGGUCCCUUAGCCAAUCAGGUCCCCGCCCACAACAUGCCCCCCAAUGCACGGUCCACAAGGCCACUGUCCCAGGCUCAGCUGCCGCCGUGGGAUCGAGUGCCGGCGAUCUCACCUGCCGACAUGCGUACGGAUGUGUUCACCGCUCGGCCGUCGCGCUCCCAAAGCUUCCGAGACCCCCCUCUGAAAGACCCCACACUGUGUGGGAUAGAAAGACAGAGGCCAGGCUCCCUGUCGUCAGCGCUGGGGGCUCAGAGCCACGCCCCCUCCUUCCCCGCCCUCCCGCGACCAUCAGCCAGUAGCUCUUUCAAAAACCACUUUACCUUAGGUCGUACAGUAUCGGCCUCAGGGGCCACGGGGCCCUUCAGGGCCUUCCCAAAGUCUCUCAGCGUGGACUUUGGAGGUCUGAACCAUCCUCAGCCACAGUCUCUGCCCCAGUCUCUGUCCCAGCAGCAGCAGCAGCAGCAGCAGCAGCAGCCUGCCAGCGCUGGCCAGACGAUACCACAGGUCAGCAGCUCCGGUGGCCAGGACAGGUACGCUGCCGUGUCACAUCUGGACAGCGUCUUCUCCGACACACCGUCAACCACAGCUCCACCUGCUGGCCCUCCACAGUACAGCGCCAUCUUCGGCAGCAGGCUUUCAUCCAGCUCUACUCCUGCCAGCUCCCCGGGUGUCGAUACGGUGUCCAGCUCCCAAACCUUUUCAAAUUUCCCCAACCCAUUCAGUUCCAGCUCCAGCUCUGCUUCCCAGCAGCCUGUCGCCCUCUCACCCAGUAACCCCUUCAGCAACGCCUCAGGAGGUGACUCCAAUGCGUUCGUCACCUCGCCCACUUCUGUUUUCCCUCCAUCUGCUGCCUUCCCUGCGCCUGCUACCCACUGUGCAUUUCCUCACGAGGCAGCCAGCAACCAGGAAGCCAACGGUUUCGCCUCCUUUCCUGCGUCCGACUCUCAGCCCAAAGUCCCACGUCCGAUGUCGGUGAACCCGUUUACUGGAAAUGUUUACCCCAGCCAAGGGACGUCGCGAAAUCCCUUCAUCUGAUCCCCACACCACCUCCUCCUCCUCCUCCUCUCCUUACUUCACCCACCCGUCCCUCCGUGGGAGCCGGGGGAAGUGAACUUGAGGAGUCGCUGCCAUUUCAAAGCCUCUGGAGUAUUUUCAUCCCCUGAUGGAGGGUUUGAGGUCCCUACAGGUCACCCUCCCUCCUCUCUGCCCCUCUCUGUCUAUUUAUGUGUUUGUAGCGGGGAAAACAAAAAAGAAAAGAAAUGUGUGAAUGUAAUUGCGAUAUCCACGUAUGUAUGUAUGUGUGUGUGAGAGCGUUUGCUUGCUGUGUUUGUACCACGAGACGCGUGCUGAAAGUUGUAUGUGGGACAGUAGACGCCACCUCAGGGCUCUGCGGGGGUCACGAGGAAAAAAAACGCCUCUAUGAUUUUUGCAGGAAAACACACACACACACAUAUAUUUACAGUAUAUAUAUUAUACACGUGUUGCUGCUGCUGCUACUUUGCUCUCAUCUCCUGCUAAAAAAAGUGCAAAAACAACAAAAACAACAGCCUGUGAAUUAGUGUUGGACGACACAUUUUUGGGCUUCUCUUUGUCAUGAGUGUGUGGAACAUCUUCAUUUGUCACCGUUUCUGUUUGUUUGUUUGUUUUGGUCACACUUUACAGUUCACUAAGACACAGUAAUAGUGUCGUAAUGAAGAGGUUACAUUUUGGUAAUACCAUCUUAGCUGUCCUCCUGUUUUCUUUAUUAUUAGUUGGGAAUGCUAAGUCAGCAUUUUACAACUAUACUUUUCCUAAUUUGUUUAUUAGUUGGGACUAAGACCGUCUUCAGCCGUUCGUUGGGUGCCAUCUCCUACAUGUUUUCAGCUGAUUUGAACAUUUUCUUUCACAGUAAAUGAACAGAGACAGUAGGUCACACAGCAUGAGUACUCAUCACUAAAUGUAAAACCAACAGGAGCUGUGAUGAAGAACUCUAAACUUUGGAGGACAGCAUUACACCUUUCAGUGUACAGACUGACGGAAAUUAUUAUUAUUAUUAUUAUUAUCUGAGGAAGAAGAAGCGCAGCGAUCCUGAAGGAUUAAGAAUACGGAUGGAUGAGAACGAAGGGCAACUUUGAACUGUGAUUUCGGACUUCAAAAUGCCACUGGGAACUUUAAACUGUGGAUGGAAGCAUGGGCAGGGACUUAUUGGUAGAAGAAGAAGAGAAAGAGCUGGAUAUUAUUUAAAGAAGAAGAGGAAUAACUUGUUUUCCUGUGGAGAGCAACAUUGCACCUCUUGGUGUAAAGGCUAUGGAGAAUCAUUAUUAGAAGAAGAGCGUCGUCAUUCACAUGUUAAUAUGCUUAUUUGGACACACUGAUUUGAAACUGUUUAAUUUAGACACACACACACACACUAAAACCCUGUUAUUGCCAAGGUAGUACACGAUUUUGCAUUGGAGUUAAGAUGGUAUUGCCAUAAUAUCACAUCUCCGUUACCAAAACUGUUACUAUGUUAUUACUAAACUGUAACGCAAAAGUGUCAAAACCUUUUUGUCGCUGUUUUCUUUUAAGGAUAAUCUCUGUUUUUCACUCUCAGGCUGCAUGCGCUUAGAGGGCUUUAAAGGAGAUGCUACUGAAUGUAAAAGCAAUUUCAGAAUAACUUAACAUAAAUGUGCACGAUAAAUGUCAUGUACUGCUUCAUGUACUGGACCAAAAUGUUCUCUCGCUUUUCUUUUCUCUAUGUCUUUUUUUUUUACGGUUCACAUGGAAGUUAAUUUUGUUUUUUUGCAUUUUUGUUUUUAAAAAAAUAAUGAAUAAAAGAGAGAAUGGUGUUACAUUGUCUUUAUAAUGACAAGUGUUCAUGUUCAUAAAAUCCGUUUGUUGCUUCUCAA